AUGAUUUAUCUCGAUCUCGUGGCCAGCACGGCUCAGCUGUUGCCCUACUUUCAAGCUGCGGGGGCAGGGCCGGGGUCAGGAGCAGGGGAUAAGGGGGGGGCGGAGGAGGUGGCGGGGACCUCCGGCGGUGCUGGUUUCGCUGCUUUCGUGCUUCGUCUCGUCUCGCGAUUCAUGCAGUCUUUCACGGGGUUCACGAUCAUACUUUUCGCGAUAGAGAUGGUCAUGCUGCUGGCCGCGUUUCGCGAAAAGUUCUUUCGACACGCGGGGUACAUCCUCGACCUUUUCGUGGUCUCCUUGUGCCUCUACCAGGAAAUUUCCGGCAAGGGCAAAGGGGUGCGACUGCUUGGGGCCCUCCGGGUGUGGCGGGUGGCGAGGGUGAUGAACACACUUCUUCUGUCUGCGGACGACGCUCAUAACCUGACGAGAGAUACUCUCCGUCUGGCCGAGAAGGAUCUCGACAUCGACCGGAGGCGUUUGCAGGAGACCCUUAGACGGGAGGCAGAGGCGAGAAAGAGAGUCGACAAGAUGCUAAGGGGGUACAAGGAUGAGGUGGAGACUUUGAACGAGGCCCUCAAGAUUGCCGCCAUGGAUAUUGCAGCAGCUGCCGCGUCGGCUGGCAAGGAUACGGUGGGGGGCGGUGAGGAGGACGCAUUGCACAAUCGCGGACAACCCCCUGCCGGUUCAGACACCGGGAGUAGCAGCUUGGGGAGCAGCGAAGGCGGGAGCAUCCACGAGUCGGUGAAUGGCCUGGAUCAGACAAUUCCGCAGGAGGAGCAGCAGCGGCGGAAGGGGACUUCCUCCGUUCCAACCGCGAACAAAAUAUUUGUGUUUCAAGAUGGGACGUUCCAGGCUCGUUAA